AACAGCUGCGUGAGGGGCGUGGCUACAUUGGGGGCGUGGCUAGGCAAAGAUUGCCCUAUGAGGCGAGGGAAUGAGACUAGGCUGCGAGUUGGGGAUAGGGUUUCUCUUUGGGGGAGUGGCUUAUGGAUCCUCGUUUUCCCGCCGACGGUUGGCCACGUCACGUGACAUGGGUUGGAAGAUGGCGUCUCCCACAGACGGGACAGAUUUGGAAGCAUCUUUGCUAAGUUUUGAAAAACUUGACCGUGCCUCACCAGAUCUUUGGCCAGAACAAUUACCAGGUGUUGCUGAAUUUGCGGCUUCCUUCAAAAGUCCUAUUACUAGUUCUCCACCCAAAUGGAUGGCUGAGAUAGAACGUGAUGACAUCGACAUGUUGAAAGAACUGGGGAGUCUCACCACGGCUAAUUUGAUGGAGAAGGUGCGAGGCCUACAGAACCUAGCCUAUCAGCUGGGGCUGGAUGAGUCCAGAGAGAUGACACGAGGGAAAUUCCUCAAUAUUCUAGAGAAGCCCAAGAAGUAGCAGCUGCUUGCCGACAGGAUGUCCUGGAGUCCAAAACCAAGCUCCCUUCCCGGUGCAAGUCUAACAAUGCACACCUCCCUGCUUCCUGUGGAGCGGCCAGAGGGCGUGCCUCCAGGACUACCCCUGCUCCUGGCACUCUUCGCCUCUGAGGACAUUCAGCAGCAAGAGAAGAAUCUGCCCUACCCAGGGAUCAUUGCAGUUACUCAGUCCAGCUUCCAGACUUUAACCUUCUUAGCCUUGGAUAUUGGUAACAGCUGAGGGCAUAUCAUUCUUAAAGGUCAAAGUCCUGCUUUCUCAUGUCCGCAGUGAUUCAGGAGCCCCAGGAUCUUACGGUUGAUUUGACUCAGUGAUGGCAAAGCCAGUUGUGACAAGUUGAUUGGAUGGGUUCUUUUGGAUCGUCCUUGAUCUCUUAGGAAGUGUUUAUGAUGCGAGGAGACCAGAGACCGACUAGAUUCUGGACCAGACCGUGCAGCCUGACCUGUGAACUCUCCAGUAUAUAUUAAGUUCCAAGAAUCCCCAGCUGGAGAAACCAGAAUCUUCUCGAAAUGUACACCUGCUUUUUAAAACUUCUAUACCUCUUACGAUAGUCCCAUUUGCUUUUCAUUCCUUACAUCCCAGCCCUAUCUUCCAGUUCUGAGUUCGGGCAGAGGGAUCCCUGAGUCCCUCCUGGAAUUAGCUUGUGUAGUGAAAGGCCCAUGCAAGGUUGCCUUGGGGUCUAGAUCUGAAAACCAAUGUGAAGGUAACAGAAAGGACUUUUGAGUUCUAAUUAAUCUGUUACAGAUUCAAGCAAGAGAGUCAGUAGAGCCUCAAAGACAGGAGAAACUGGAUGAUUGACAGGAGUUUACAUUUGGUUGGAAGCUAGAAGCCCUAACUGAUCUUAAAGGAACAUGCUAUGGGAUGGUAGGAUUGUCCCCUCUGACAACACAUAUGAGAUAAUUCACCUAUAUGAUAGAAACACACACACACACGAAAGAGAGUCUUCUGACUUAAAUACAGCUUUCAUGGAGUUCUUCACCACUUAUCUGUCUCUGUGUUAGAAUCUGAAAAUCUAGCCCAUGGGUAACUAUUAUCUGUCUUCUGCGUAUGUCUCAUAUAAGCCAGCCCCCAGCAUCUGACGUUUUGAGAAGUGCAUGGAGUUUCCUAAACUUUGCACUAAAGAAUAUCCCAGGGCCAGGUGUGAUGGCUCACACCUGUAAUCCCAGCACUUUGGAAGGCUGAGGCAGGCAGAUCAUGAGGUUAAGAGAUUGAGACUAUCCUGGCCAACAUGGUGAAACCUCAUCUCUACUAAAAA